CCUCCAAAAAGAAAAAAGAAAGAAAAAAGCUUUGAUCGAUCAUUAAAAGUUAAAACCUAAGAAAUGGAUCCAAAUUCGCCGGAAUAUAUCAUUGAUCAGCCGCUUAAAAUCUUAGGAUUUGUAUAUGAAGAGCUCUCAGCCACCAGAGUCUCCGGCCACCUCACCGUAACUGACAAAUGUUGCCAGCCGUUCAAAGUCUUGCACGGCGGCGUAUCAGCUCUGAUCGCCGAGGGACUCGCCAGUCUCGGCGCCGGAAUCGCAUCUGGUUAUAAACGUGUUGCCGGUAUCCAUCUCUCCAUUCACCACCUCCGACCUGCUGUUCUCGGUGAUUUGGUUUUCGCCGAAUCUUAUCCGGUCAACGUUGGCAAAAAUAUUCAGGUAUGGGAGGUCCGGUUAUGGAAAACCAAGAAGACCAAGAAAUCGGAAGAGAAAAUAAUGGUAUCAACAUCCCGGGUUACUCUCUUUUGCGGUGUACCUAUACCAGACCAUGUUAAAGAUGCUCCAGACCAGUUGAAGAAGUUUGUAUCCAAGUUGUAAUUCAAUUAUUCAAGUUUUAUUAAAUAAAUUGAUGUAUCAGACAUGACUAUAAGAUUAUUUUUAAAAACUGAUACGUUAUUAUGUGUUUGAUU